AGUGUUAAGCUCAAGUUAACGUUGAAGACAACUGUAUAUAAACCAAAUUUUAUUCUCAGUAAAAACAAAAAUCUUUUUUGUGUAUAAGAAUAAGCAACUGCUUUAAAAAUUUGAUAGAAUGUUUGCUCAUCACCUUGUAAUAUUUGUCUGCAUUCAACUUCUGUUGUCCAGUGUCAGCGCAAUAUCUUUCACAGAGAUCGAUAACGCUGGAGCCGACUGUGAGGACAUUUAUAUUAAAUCAUCUGAUAAAGAACAAGGCGAGGUCGAUUAUUUUGUUUGUGUGUUUCGCAAAUUGAAAGCGUUUAACAGCGAUAAUUCUUUGAACGUGGAAGUAAUUAAAAAUGUACUGACAAUAAUUGGGCAAUAUUCUCCGCCAGGAUUCAGCAAAAGUCGUUUUGAAGCGGUAUUUAACGCAAUAGGAAGUUGUAGUUCGACAGCAAGUAACACUGUAGAGGAAAGUGUGAAGACAUACUUUCAAUGUGUAAAAAAGCUUACAUGAAUAUUCAGAUAUAUCCUUAAAAACUUGACGAUGAAGUUAUGUUCUUCAAUGUUGAAACAUGUCGAUGUAAAACUUUAAAGUAAUAAAGAGAUUUCACUUAUAAACAAUUUCGACUA